AGCUGGAAAUGCGCAAAUCACAGAAUGAAGCAUUGUGUGAGGGGCUUCGUGUGCAAAUCCGAGAGCUCUGGGACAGACUGCAGAUACCUGAAGAGGAGAGAAAAGCCAUGGAUACUUUUAUGACCGGCUCAAAGGCCAAGAUCAGGAAAGCGCUGCAAUUAGAAGUGGAUCGGUUAGAAGAGUUAAAAAUGCAAAACCUGAAGAAAGUGAUUGAGGCGAUUCGAGCAGAAGUGGCUCAGUAUUGGGACCAGUGUUUUUACAGCCUGGAGCAGAGACAGGCUUUUUCCCCCUAUUAUGCUGAUAAUUUUACAGAAACCCUGCUGCAGCAACAUGAUGCUGAGGUUGUACGGUUAAAAAACUACUAUGAAGCUCACAAGGAACUCUUUGAAGGUGUUCAUAAGUGGGAAGAGAGCUGGAGGCUCUUCUUAGAAUUUGAGGUACUUCCCUAA